CAAGGAUAGCAGAGUCACAAAGGGUCAUUCUCACACUAGUCCAAUAGUCAGCAGCAGCAGUAAACCUGAAAAAAUGCCGUUCAUUAAUGUAGAAACCAAUUUACCUGCAAGCAAGUUUCCAGAAGAUUUACUGAAAAGACUAUGUACAACACUGGCUGCAGCUUUGGGGAAACCGGAAGACAGGAUGAAUCUGGUGGUGAAGACCGACCUGCCGAUGAUGAUCGCGGGGUCUUGCUCCCCGUGUUUGUUUAUGUCCUUGUCCGCCAUCGGAGUGACUGAUACUGCGGAGAAAAACAAGGAGCACAGCGCUAAAAUCUUCCAGUUUCUGAAGGGAGAGCUUGGCCUUGGAGAUGACCGUAUUUUGAUACUGUUCUACCCUCUGGAGCCACAGCAGAUUGGAAAAAAAGGAACAGUGAUGAGCUUCUUAUGAGACUUCACAUUCUUAUAUUCUUUUUUUUUAAAGUGAAUUCUUCUUAUGUGAUUCCUGUUCGGGAUUCAACUAGCUGGACAUGAAGUGCCUCCUGGGUGAUACAGAACCAAUUGUUCUUAGAAGAAUAUUUCCUAAUUUUCUUGAAUAGUAUCCUGUGAUUUGAAAAUAAUCACUUUAAUAAAAUAAAUAUAAAAUGCAAUUAGCAUUUUGAAAGCAAAUCAUAUGAUGGGUUGGCUGUGUCUAUUUUUAGCCAAAAAGGAAAAUAAAUGGAUAAACUUGUAAGGGAGUUAAUUUUAUGAAUUGAAUUUUGUAUUAAGAUAGCUCAGUGUUCAUCAAACAUCCUCGGGUCAAAUCAGACCAUAAUAGCCAACUUAUAAAAGCCAAAGAAAAUAUCCAUAACCAUGUAUUCAGAGUGAGUUUUGAUUUGCACGGAUGUCAGUUGCAUAGCACACAGACAAAAUGUCUUUUCUAAUUAAUUCUCUUUAUCAUCAACUGUGUUUGUCAAAAACAUUGAUUCAGAAAAUUAAAAUUGAUUUUUUUUUUAAAUAAA